GUAUUUUCAGAUGGUGUGGCAGUUCUGUAUAGCUUUUUAACUUUGAUUGCCUUCAAUAUGAGCGUUCUGUUUUGUCAAUUUUAGGACAAAGUGACGAAGGGUUUUACUAACAAUAAUGAGUGUUGCUACAAAAUCUGUUCCAAGUGAUAACCCUAAUGACUACUGCCGGUUAUGUUUCUCAAGUCGAAACUUGGUUGCUCUUUUUCAAUAUGAUGAAGAACUUCGUCAAGCUUUGUUAGAUGAAGUUUUAAAACUCACCGGUAUUAAAAUCGAGGUCAGCGAAAAUCAACCAUGUUCUAUUUGCUGGAGAUGUGCCGUGGCAGUGGAAGAUUUCCAGACGUUCCGGAAAAAGUGUUUGGAAAACGAUGCCAUUAUCCAACGCAACGACUUGACCACAUCUGUCCGGCAUGGUCAGGAUGAGUGGGUCAUAUCUAUACCAGUCUCAGAGGUACCACCAGAAGUGAACGAAGAAGAUAAUGAAGAUAAAGAGCUGGUGGAACCGUUGGAGCCAAAAGGCAAAAGACGUGCCAGUAAACGUAUACGGAAAAUUUUCCAGCAAAAGAUGGACGAAUUAAAUACGGGUGAAUCACAAACCGCUAAUUCUACCACAUGUCAUUUGUGCAAGCACGAAUUUGUCUCACGUCCAUCGUUGUAUGCGCACUUCAAGGAGCAACAUUCGGAACGAGGCAGACCUCAUAAAUGUAAUGUGUGCCAAGCGACCUUCAAGCGAAGUCAUUUAGUGGAUCAUGUCGCAUCGCACAGUGGUGAAGCCAAAUAUGAUUGCCAUGAUUGUGGAACGACGUAUUCAAAAGCAAAAUCACUCAUACGUCAUCGCAGAUCAUGCCACCAUGAACCUUUAGCAAGCACUAAGAAGGUAAACCGCCAGACAGCUUCCACAGAGGGUCAGUUCCAGUGCAUGUAUUGUCCGAAAUCGUUCAAACACCGAUCGUCGAUGAAUUUCCACAUCAAGACCCACAAUGAAUUGCUUCCCUUCGUGUGCGUAUUGUGCGAGGCUCGUUUCGCCAACAAGAAAGGAAUGUUAGUACAUAGAGGCAAGUACCACCCGAGUCCACUUGAUGCCUUCAAGGAAGUUUCACCGUCCUCCUUGGAACCGAAGAAAAAUGUGCAGUGUAAGAUAUGUAGUCGGAGCUUUGAAAAAAAUAAUUACUUGACACAGCACAUGAAGUUUAUGCAUCCAAACGAGUGUGGCGAUCUGAUCGAACAGGAAAAUGACGAUUUGCCGGAAGGGGAGGAAAAUGCUAGUGAUGAGGUGGAAGCCGCUGCAGUGAAGGUCGAAGUAGAGGAUGACCAUUCGGCGUCAUAAAAUGAAAAGGAAUGAAUAAUUUGAAUAACACAUUAUUGUCCUGUAUUCACAGACCGGAACAAUAGUUUUAUGCACUGCAUAAAAAUAAAUAUUAAAAUGUAAAAAA